AUGCGAAACCCGGUUCUCCUGCUCUACAUCUGGAGCGUCUAUUGUUGCUUCCCGGCGGGAAGUCUCACAACCUUACGUCCCCAGGGGUCGCUGCGAGAUGAACAUCAUAAACCCACCAGAGUACCUGCUACCGUCAAACCCUCUGUGUCUUUUAACGUCCGCACUUCCAUGGACCCAGAGCAUGAAGGGUGCAAUCUCUCCCUUGGUGACAACCAACUCUUGGAAGACUGUGGCUUCAACAUGACAGCCAAAACCUUUUUCAUCAUUCAUGGAUGGACGAUGAGUGGCAUGUUGGAAAAAUGGCUGCACAAACUUGUGUCAGCCCUGCAGACAAGAGAGAAAGAUGCUAAUGUGGUGGUGGUUGACUGGCUGCCCCUGGCUCACCAGCUGUACAUAGAUGCAGUCAAUAACACCAGGGUGGUGGGACAGAAAGUGGCUGGGAUGCUUGACUGGUUGCAGGAGAAGGAAGACUUUUCUCUUGGGAACGUUCACUUGAUUGGCUACAGCCUUGGAGCCCAUGUGGCUGGAUACACUGGCAACUUUGUGAAAGGAACAGUGGGCAGAAUAACUGGUCUGGAUCCCGCAGGACCCAUGUUUGAAGGGGCAGACAUCAGCAGGAGGCUCUCUCCUGAUGACGCAGACUUUGUGGAUGUCCUGCACACCUACACACUCUCCUUUGGCUUGAGCAUUGGGAUUCGGAUGCCUGUGGGUCACAUUGACAUCUAUCCUAAUGGUGGUGACUUCCAGCCAGGCUGUGGAUUUAAUGAUGUCUUGGGAUCUAUUGCAUAUGGAACAAUCACAGAAGUGGUGAAAUGUGAGCAUGAACGAGCCGUACACCUCUUUGUCGAUUCUUUGGUGAAUCAGGACAAGCCGAGCUUCGCCUUCCAGUGUACGGACUCCAACCGCUUCAAAAAGGGGAUCUGUCUCAGCUGCCGGAAGAACCGUUGUAAUAGCAUUGGCUACAACACUAAGAAGAUGAGGAAGAAGAGGAAUAGCAAAAUGUACUUAAAAACCCGGGCUGGCAUGCCUUUCAGAGUUUACCAUUAUCAGAUGAAAGUCCACAUCUUCAGCUACAAGAACAGUGGAGACAUCCAGCCCACCUUCUACAUCACCCUGUAUGGCAGCAAUGCAGACUCCCAGAAUAUGCCUUUGGAAGUAGUGGACAAGAUCGGGCUGAAUGCCACCAACACCUUCCUGGUCUACACUGAGGAGGACUUGGGUGAUCUCUUGAAGCUCAGACUUACCUGGGAGGGGAUAUCUAAUUCCUGGUACAACCUGUGGAAUGAGUUCCGAAGCUACCUGUCUCAACCCAGCAACCCCUCAAGGGAGCUGCACGUGCGAAGAAUUCGUGUCAAGUCUGGAGAAACUCAGCGCAAAAUGACAUUUUGUGCUCAAGACCCUAAGAAGACUAGCAUCUCUCCUGGCCAAGAGCUGUGGUUUCACAAGUGCCGGGAUGGGUGGAGAAUGAAAAAUGAAACCAGGUAA